AUGGCGGAGGCUGAGACUGAGACUGAGGAAUGGACGAAGACGCGUGGAUGCAGGAAGAUUCUCCAGACCCUCGAGGGGGCUAUUGAGCAAUUCAAAUUCCAUUCCAGACUUACUAUUUCUGAUGACUUAAAGGUCGGUUUCUUCACUUCAGACCACGCCACUCAGACAGACUGCAGUGAAAUUUUUCCAUUGAAAGAUCUCACUCAAUCCACAGAAAAGCUAAUGCGAAUAAUUACAUCACUUCAUGUGGAUUUUGGGUUCCUCAAAGAUUUGGUUCAACUGAAGUUCGAGGAGCGACUUAAAGAGGAGUCUUGGAAAAUCGUUGGUAUGCUCUGUGAGAAAAUGUUGGAUAUGAAGAAGCAUUACCAGCAGGGAGAAGAUGUCAUGAGGAAAAGCUUUCAGCAGCAGCUAAGUGACGCCAUAGCUGUUGUCAAAGGAAUGUACCAGAAAUUCUUCGAAAUAGAAGACGAAAAAGCCGCCCUGCAAGAUGCAGCAGAUGUCAAAAUGAAUGUUUUGAUGAGAAAACUGAGAGAGAAAGAAGAAAUUAUUAGGAAUUUAAAGAAUGAACUAGAUCUGUAUGAAGAGUUUGGAUUUAAAAAAAUUGACUCUUUUGCCAAGGAGUCCAGCUCUCCAAAACCAAUGUCAGAAAAGGAAUUUAUAGACUACAGGGCAGAGAACGAGAGGUUGAUGCAAAUCAUCACAGUGCUGGAGGAGGAAUCACAAGCGGCCAUCAAAGAAAAUGCAAUAUUAGAGGAUGAACUUAUGUAUCUGAAAGAGAUUUCAGACCAGGAUCAGCGAACUAUUCAAAAGCUAAUGGAUAGUAGAGACAGACUAAGGUAUGAACUGGACUGUGAAAAACUAGCCAUUCAAGAUAUGAUCAACAGACAGAAAGAUGAUAUUGAAAUUAAAAAAAAGUAUGCCAGUAUAACCACCGGCAAGAGAGGAACAUUUGCCAAAGGAAGAGAGUCUUCUUUCCACGUAACACGGCAAACACGAGAGGGGUCACAGUUCAUACAUCUUCCUUCAGCUUCCUUCAGUGUAUCUCCAAAGAUGAAAAAGAAGGCUUCGUCGAAGAAGUAUGCUGGUGCUCCACUUGUUCCUUCUGCUUCUGUUACCGAGACGACGAUCACUGUUCCUUCCACUACUGAUAUGUUUACAAGUCUCGUUGCAAAGCCUUCAGAAAAGCACGUUACAUUUCUACUACCUAAUAUGGUGCCUGAAGAACUAUUUCUGAAAUAUCAGUUGGUUAAGGAAGAAGAAAAAAGAUCUUUGGAGAAUCAAAUAAAUAUUUUUAAAAGUGCUUUGGAGGAGGAGGGAAAGAAAUUGGAAAGGUUUAAAAGGGAUGCUGAUCAGGCCAACAAAAGCUGGGAGAAGAAGUUCCUCAUCCUCAGGAACAGCUUUCACGUCCUAAAGAAUGAGAUGUUCACUAGACAAACACUUCACCGGCAGUGUGCAAUGACUAGUGACACCUCCUUCAAUUAUAUUAAAGUUAAGCCCCUGUAUGUGCGCUCCACUAUGAGCUUGGGCGAGCCAUCUUCUCCUCCAAAUGUUCCUCAUCCAUCCAUGACGGAGCCCAGCUAUGAGAACACACGUGUCAAUCAGGUGUCUCAUACAGAGUUGCCAGGAGAUCUCUGGCUUCUGCGAUACCAUCAAUAUCAAAUCCUCACCCGGACUCCUCUGGUCAUCCUGCUGUUGCCCUGUGUCAUGGAGAUCCUGCAGCUUCGGAUCAGCAAGACUGGCCUUGUCAUACUCCCCAACAGUUCACAGAUAGUGUAG